UGGGCUGUUACCGUCCAGUGUAUUUUACUAACAUAGUGAUUAUAGAGUGUAAUAUGUGCAAACUCUGGUGAAGUGGCUGUUGAAUCUAGUGAGAUGUGUGUGCUAAGCACUUGGCAUAGAUUCUCAGGUGGUGUCUGCAAUGAGCAGCUUCUUAGAAAAAGCUGGAACAUGGCCAAGGGCCAAUCAAGUCUCUCUUCUUGGUAAAUGACACAUGCUGUGCUGUUAAUGUUGGCUUAAGCAUUUAUCAGCCUUCAAAGGGCUAACUGGUGUGUCCCCUGCUGCGUACAUUACAAGCUCUCACCAUGUUCUGGAAUGUGGAAAUGUGUCUGUGCUAAAUUGCAGCCUUUCCGCUAGCUUGUGCUGUCUUGAAAUAGCUACAUGGCCAUGCGCCCUGAAUUUCUGGAGGAUAACUGGACAAACAGAAUUUUCACAAAGCUUUUCAUUUUGUUUGACGUCUCUGCCCCACUUCUGUAUUCAAACUAGGUCUGAUUACCUUCAUUUAUUUAACUUGCCACAACUGAACAUCAAAACACCAGUGACAGUUGCUCUUUCUUGCCAUUAUGUGUGCAAAUCAUUUUACUAAAAGCUUGAAUAUCUAUGGCUAAAGACGAACAUUUGUUACAAUUGGGAGGAAUGAGGGACAGAUCCAAAACUUGACAGAAAUUUUGUGCACUAGUGUAAAGCAAACAGGAGACAGUACUGUGUGCUAGCCACAACAGAAUGAAGGCUGCAUUAAUAUUUGUGAGUGCUGUGGGGUUUAAUGGUGGGAGCAUUAUAUGUGUAAACUUAAGUUGACAGCAAGUAAGAUUGACAUGAACUGGUUGCUCCUACAGAACUUUACAAAUGUUCGCCGUUUUAUUCUUGUUCAUAUUUUAGUUGAAUCGCUCCAUGUCUCUUCCUUACCAAAUUGUACUGUGUGAAGCAAAUGAAGUGUGCUCACUGAACUUGGACGCUUGGAAGCUGUGCGAUGUGUGUGGUGUACAUUAUUUGUUGUGAUUUGUCACAGCCUGUUGGGCCUUUCAGUGACACCUGACCUUGAUUUUUUCAGUUGCAUUAGAUGUACUGUAGCACAUGCUGUGGGGCCCGCUAUUGUUGUAGUGUAAAUUUUAAUUUGGGUCAGGUGUUGCUCCUAACUGGAACAUUCUUGAAUGCAAAAGAACAUGAGCUGUUCAAUGGUGUGCAAGCAACACCUGCUACUGAAGCAGGCAGCAGCAGCUACACUGGGCAGUGGCAACUUACACGAGGCCAUUAGGCUACCUGAAGGUGUAGACUUCAAUGAGUGGGUAGCUGUCAACACAGUGGACUUCUUCAACCAGGUCAGCAUGAUCUACGGCACUGUUGCAAAACUCUGCACUGAGAGUAGCUGUGCUGUGAUGUCGGCUGGUCCCAAGUACGAGUAUCGCUGGGCUGAUGGCCGCACCUUCAAGAGGCCCAUCAGGUGCUCUGCCCCUGAGUACAUUGACUGCCUUAUUAAGUGGGCCCGGAACCAUUUGGACGAUGAAGCACUCUUCCCCUCCAGGGUUGGGAUCCCCUUUCCUUGCAACUUCAUGCCUGUCGUCAAAACAAUUCUGCGACGGUUGUUCCGAGUGUAUGCACACAUCUACCACCAUCACUUCCAUGAGGUGCUGUGGAUGAAAGAAGAGGCACACCUCAACACCAGUUUCAAGCACUUCCUCUUGUUUGUGCUGGAGUUCGGGCUCAUUGAACACGAUGAACUGGCACCUUUGUGGGAGCUUAUUGGAAAGCUCACUGGCCUGGCAUUAGUUUCUUGACCCAAUCAAUGUGACUCUUUCAUAGCAAAUCAGUUCAGCCGAAUCUUGCAAGGUAGGGAAAGGUUCAUGAAAGAGAAAAUUGUCAUCAUGAUGCUACAUUUGGGUGGAUGACAAUUUUCCUUUCCACAUGACUCUUGUCUGGCAUUUUCUGUUCGCAUUUGAGCGGAGGAUGUUCUUAAAAUUAAUUGUUUGAAGAGUAUGCCAUCACUCUUGGACUGGUGGAAGGUUGAGAAAAUGAAUCGUUGCUUGCAUCUCGUCUGUAGGAUUGGUGCAAUGCUUCAAGUUCCACUUUUUAUAACUGCAAUAAAUUGCGAAUGUGAAAGCUAAGGUUCAUCCACAUAAAGCCAAGAAAUAGCGACAGGCCCUGAAUUAGCUUAGGCCAACAUGUUCCCCAAGUGUUUCACAUUGCUGGCACUGGUUGGGUGGCCCCAAGUUGGAGUUCUGAACUAAAGAUACUUAGUUAUGAUGCUGCUGAUGGCACCAAUGAUGCUUUGGUGCAGUUACACAACUUUGAAGUUAGUCGUGACUCUCUCUUAUUGUUUGAUUUAAUGUGUGGUAGUGGAUGGUGAGAUUAUCAGGAUGUCUAUUGGGCCGAGUUGGUAAAGUAACAUAAUUGCAUGUGAAAAGCAGAUAUGGACAGACAAGGAACACUGCGCUGAAAGUAAUGGUGUGAAACAGUUGGCUAGUCGGGCUGUUCUUGCAUUGCCCUGUUAUUGUAGCUGUAUGGCUCAGUCAUUGGGAAGAAUGUCUGGGGAAUUGUAGCAAGACUGAUACAAGGAUCCUUCUGCUGGGUGCCUUUUAAGCUUGCUUCUCAAUAGCCCUGCUCAGAAUUUGGUUGUCCUGAGGUCUUAUUUGGCUACCUAAAGCUCAUGCAAGUGUGCUUGAUACACUUAUCUGUGGUGAGCACUUGCAUGGACAUGCAACGUUGGCACUGCUGCUUCUUUUAUUACUGUCUAUCGUCUGUAUUUAUUUUCACAGGCGUAAUAUGUAAUUUGCUAAUUUGCUUGUCGCUCAGCAGGAAGAAAGCAAUUUACUGAAAAUGACUGUUCCGAAGUGAAGCCCAGGAAUGAGGCAGGCUGUAAAGAAUUUGUCAGUCUGCUAACGUGCGAAAUAUGUUGUUCUGGACACCAGAGUUGUGACCUGCUUAAAAACAUGACAAUGUUGCCCGACAAUUAGAAAGAAGGAUGCCUGACAAGGAGGGUAAUAUAAAAGUAAUGGUUGCUCACAAGAAUGGAUAUCACAGCUUUUUAUCAAGGCAUGCAUGAUAAGUAACAUUCCGCUUACAAGCCUUCUGCAUGAACUUGUAUUUCACAUGUCUCUGCAGUGCCUUUAGGGCCUAUGUUCUAAGUUCAGACCUUGUUACUGCAGUGACAGUGGUUUGCACAGAAGCACUCACAUGUACUGCACUGUGCAAUCACUGUCCCCAUAAGGCAACUGUUAGCACUACACUGUUCUUAAGCUGUGUCAUAUUCCUCCUUUCUGGAAACCUUUAGCAAUGCUCACAUUUCUGAAUAAACACUUCAUUCCACUUGCUUUCCUGCAUAUACAUUCACACACAUAAAUGCACACAGCAACUGCAGUUGACGACUUCAGUGUCACCGAGAAGUAUGGCUUUGCUGUAUUCUUUUUUUUUCUUUCUCAAACAAUAGACUCUAAAAUUGACCCAUAAUGGAGCACUGGCACUAAGGUUCAAACUUGAGGUGUUUGUGUUCAGUACUUGUACAGCUAUAAGUACCUCUGACCAAAUAUGUCUGGUGAAAGUAGCUGAGAACACGUUUUAAUGUGUUGAAAGACCAUGCUGAUGGCUGACUUCAAACCACAGCAUUCUGCAACAUUAACAUUUAAUUGCCUGUUCUUCACAUUCUAGGUUGACUGUGCCAUUCCAUGAGUACUGCUGACAUGACUGAUUGGGAUGCUCACAUGUGUGGAGCACGACAGGAAAAAGCUGUGAUUUUCUGGUGAUACUAUGUAUCUAUCCCCAUUGCUUUCACAUGAGCACAGUCUUGAACAGCACUUGCUUGCAUUUGAAAACAGACUGGUAUUAUGGCAUAAUGACAUGAUUACUAGUAUAACCAGACAGGGACUAAAGAAUGAACACAGGACCACUCUACACUUCACCCGAAUUUAUUACUUGCACAAGUAGCCGUAUAUAUACAUAAAGCAUCCACUUAACACAUGUGCACUCAAGUCACAUUAUCACUGUACACCUUAAGACCAUAUGUCGGUUUACUCUGUCUUGCAAGUAAUCAAUUACCUUGUCUGAGAGUGCCGAAGAAGGACUGCUAACGCAGGCGUCUGCUUCUUUUACAAUUGUUAAAGCCUUUAAGAUUUCUCUCCUUGCAUUGCGAAAUUGCGAAGCACACUGGUCUUAUCGUAGUAAGGGUGACAAGGGCACCUCCUACAAUGGUCGGCGAGGUGCCCACUCCCCCCUAUAGCCUGUACUGCAUGGCACCGCUCACAUGACAGCGGAAUCCUGUAAACCACUGCAGUUUUGCACUCAGCAAAACCCGUGGUGUGGUUUAUAUUGCAUGCCUUACCUUUACUAUGCCCAUUUACUAUGCCGCACAUGCGUGCAAGUUUGUUGGGUGACGUAAAAACGACAGAAAUGCUGCACUUUCCCGCCACCUUUUUUAGGCUGGUGUACGUAAGGGAUGGGAACAGGAUGUGUCUGUUGCAUGCCGUCCAUCCUCGCGUGUGACUGCAUGCUCGCCUGCCUUCCUUUAUAAGGCUCUCUUCAGUUAGGGACACAACCGUCACUUCAGAAUAUCAUGCGGCGUUCAGGCAUUUUACUUGACUUUGCACACUGUUUCCUACCAGGUGCUCGCACGACUUAGAAAAUGCAACUGCCUUCUUUUUACAGUUUAUUUAAUGAACGGAAUUAUAGCUAAGUAUUGGUUUCUACGAGUGAGCUCGGUAUUGCCAGCAAAUUUGAUCAUUAGAUACAAUAUGUAGAUCCAAAAACUGCAAGCGACCCUCACUUGGCACCUCAGGCAUGAACUUGAGACCAUCACCACAAGUUUCAAAUAAAUACAGGACAUCAUUUGUUGCUGUAACCCCCCUUGUGGCACAUUUCUUAGUAAAAAAAAGGUAAUCAUCAACAUAUCUAAACAUCUUUGCAACAAUAGCAGUGUCAGUAGAAGAUGCUAUACGAUUGUCAACAUAGACUAAAAUAUAUCGCUUAAUAUCGUUGCUAUACAAGAACCAAUGCAAAGGCCAUCCUUUUUCACAAAGCUGCUAUUGUCAAAGGUCGCCACUGUAGAUGAAAGAUAUAACUGAAGCAAUCCUAAGAAGUUGUUGGCCGGUACACCAGCCAUGUUCAUAAAUUCCACAGGGCCUAAAUUAUCAAAAUUAUGCCUAACAGUGCAAAACAGUCCACUCAUUGGAAUUGAAUAACAAAGCUUCUCUACAUCUAUGGAAAAACCAAAAAAUCGCCUCAAUGACGUCUCCCGAGUUCCGUAUUGUAUAUGGAUCAUCCACCUCGAUUAAAGCUAGCUGCCUCUGAAGGAACCUUGAAAGAACUUGCCACGAGCCUUUUUCAGUGAUAAUUGCCUGUAAUGGCAUACCCCCUUUAUUUCAUUUCAUUUAUUCAACCUUUCAGUGCACAUUGAUUGUAAUAGGUACAAAAAGUAGAAAAUAAACAAAAAAGAAGAAAAAGGAACGUAUAAACAGUACCAACGAAGCAAUCAAUAAAUAUUAAGACAAGUGUGGUAUUUAGGUGGUUACGUUGAUAUUAUCAAAAUCAUUUAGUUUCUUGCGAAAUGUUUUGCAGUCGCUGCACGAAACAAUAUUAUCUGGGAGUGCGUUCCAAAGUGUUACAGCAUGGGGGAAGAAUGAGCUGCUCAUCGCCGUCGUCCGGCACUUUAUCGCCGCCAAGGGGCGAGCAUGAGAUAAACGGAAUGAUGUUCUGAAUGGGCAUUUUAAGAGGGCGUGUCCUGACUAAGUGAAGUAAAAGGAAGUGUGAAGAAGGCAAAGACGAGAAGUUACGCGCCGUGAAGCAUGCAAUGGAAGAGACAUAGUUUGUUUUGAGGCAGUUACGCUGAUAUGUCUUGAAUAUUAUGAUGUAAUGAAGUGAGCAGUGCGGUUUUGUACGGCUUCUAAUUUAUCGGUGAGAUAAGCUUGCGAAGGAUGCCAGAUGGAUGAUGUGUACUCAAGUUUGGGUCACACAUAUGUUAAAUAUGCUAGUUUUUUUUAUUUCGGAUGAUGCAGAUUUUAAGUUACGUCGCAAAUACCCUAGUGUGCGUGAAGCUUCACAGCAAAUUGUUUGAAUAUGUUUCACCCAUGAAAGUGAUGGCAUCAUAUGAACUCCUAGAUAUCUGUAAGUACACGUGUGGUCAAUAGGAACAGAGGUAAUGCAAUAAGUGUGGCGUAUAGUGGUGUGUUUGCGUGUGAAGGAUAUUACUUUGCAUUUAGUGAGGUUUAGAGGCAUAUGCCAUUUUUUGCACCAAGAAGCAAUAGUGUUAAGGUCAUGUUGUAGGGCGAUUGUGUCGUUAAGCGUAUCAAGGGGGUUAUAAAGAAAACAAUUGUCUGCAAAAAGCCGCAGGUUCGUUGAUAUGUUAGUGGGAAGGUCAUUUAUGUAAAUCAAAAACAAUAGAGGAGAUAAACCUGCACCUUGGGGAACACCGGAAGUUACACUGGUAAGGGUUGACUGAAAAUUGUUAGCAUAGGUAAACUGAACGUGUCCUGUUAAAAACUUUCCAUCCAUUUAAUAAUCUUGGGGCGGAUACCAAGGGAGGAUAAUAUUGCACAAGGAGAUGGUUGUGAGACACGUGUGUCUUUGCUGUAAAGAACAGAUUUGGACUGUUCUUUUUGACAGCCAUGAGAUAUUUCCUAAGGGUGGGGAGGUUCAUAUCUUCACAGAACAUUAAUGCCUUUUUCUUUACAUCUGUUGCAGAGGUCUUUACAGCAAAGAAGUUCUUAGACCUUCCUGUGCUUUUUUACCAUAAAGGCUGUUGGGUAACACGACGAAACCAACUUACUUGUCUGAGACUAACAGCGCUUGAUUGCUCUGCUUUAAACAUUCUAUAACUUCCUUAACCGUCAAGCCUGGGUUAGACCUAGGCCUCUUACUGUUAAGACAAUCAACACCCUCCAAUAUAAGCAUAUUACUUUCAUUUUGUUAUGCCCGAGGGGCAACUUUCCUAACCAUAGACAGAAGGGUUACAGGGCUCUCAUUAGGAUCCAUGCAAAACUUCAGUCCACACCACAGAACCGCGUCCACCUUUCGAUGCCCCAUGUUACCAUGUCCAGCUUAUGUUACCUUUGGUGUUGGUGCUGAAUCCUUCUUCCUGGAUUUCCUCCAUAGACGCAAAGUCAGAAAAUGCUUCACCCACAGGAAUUCGGUCACAGAUGAUGCCUCACGCAGGAGAGCUCGAAACACAUGUGCACUGUCUUGGUUCCCAACAACAAGAGAAGCAGAAAGCACUGGUAGACACUUGUGAAGGAAGUGCUCUUGAUGAUGGUGUUCCAUACGGAUAGACCGCAUAAUGCGUGUUGCAGAUUUAUAUGAUGUGACACACAGGCUGUACAAUGCCUGCACUUCAGAGGUUACUAAAUGAGUGUUCAGCGAGAAGUUGUACAACCUUGGCAUUGAAGGUAGAACCACACUACGUGUUUUGUUGAGUGCAAAACUGCAGUGGUUUACAAGAUUCCCUUGUCAUGUGGGCCAAACUGGCUGGUUCAUAAAUAUAAGAUGUUUCAGCAUCGCGCGGUGGUACAGGUGAUAGCGGGAAGUGGGCACUCGCGGACCAUUGUAGGAGAUGCCUUUGUCGCCCUUACUAUGUGAAGACCAGUAUGCUUCAUAGUUUCACAAUGCAAGAAGGAAAUCUUCAAAGCUUUAACAAUUGUAAAAGAAGCUUGCGUUAACAGUCCUUCUUUGACACUUUCAGACAAGGAACUUGAUUAUCUGCGAAAGAGUAGACCGGCACAUGGUCUUGAUUAAUGUGUACAGUGAUACGUGAUUUGAGUGCCCGUGCGUUGAGCGGAUGCUUUAUGCUUGUGCAAGUAAUGCAGUUAGUCUAGUGUGGUCCCAUGUUCUUUCUUUAGUCCCUGUCUUCUUAUGUUAGUAAUGAUGUCUUAUUAUGCUCGUUAUCAAUUCGCACAACUUUCUGCCUUCACUGGCAUUAUGGACCAUUGAUAUUUGAGUAGAAGUGAUAUGGUAAACAUGGCGUUUCAGUUUAACAUGUAGGGUCAUCCGUAACAGUGUACACAAAGAAUGUACCCCGAUGCAGUGCAGCUGGUUCAUACAUUUUCCUUUGGGACAGCUGCUUUUCCAUAGCUGCCUUCCUCACGAAAGCAAAAAAAAAAACCCAAAUAAUUUAUUUUUUCGUGUAUAAAAAAAAGUAUGACGCAGCUGCUAAAACAUACUUUUACAAACAGCUUGGCUAUGCGACUGUGUCUGUAUUAGCAACAACAGAAGGCACAUCAAGGAAUCAAGAUACAAGAUAACCGGCCACUUCAAGAAGAAAAAAAAGUUACAUAAAGGGCAUUUUCUAAGCUCAAUGAAAUGCAGACAAAUUCAAGCACAUUAACUGAAGAAGGAAAUACUAUAACAUUUAAAACUCUAAUCAAAUUAUCACAGAGUCAACUUUAUUCCAUGAGAGGAAGAUGCCAUCUAAUGUUUUCCGUGGUAGUUGGAUGAGGUCAGUACUGUUCUCCGAAAACUUCUUAAAUAAGCAGGAGAGUGUGUGAGUUAUGGAUUACAAGCAAUGAUUGUUGUGUGGGAAGAGACCAUGUUUCUGGACAAUGCGUAUUGUAGAUAUACUGUUUUUUCUUUAACAUUGACAGGUUAAUAUGAGUUAUUGUCCUUAUUAGCUUAUUAUGAUGGAGUAUGAUUAUGCGAGAUGGUAGUUUAGAGGCAAUUGAUUUUUCUUACUUAAUAGUGUUGUGACACGGAAUCGAGAACUAGAGGCGAGACUCUUGAAGCGGACAAAUAGGAGACGAAAGGAACAUGGAACACGCCAGGAGACAGCCGUGAACGCGCCAUGACUUGCUCUAUAAUUCAACAGACCUAGCCAAAAUCUUGCUUCUGUGGUCUUUUUAAGGAUCCUUUUUGCAAUUCGCACGCCCUUCUCAGCUAAUCCGUUUGAGCACAGGUAUCGUGGACUUGACGUCACGUGCUCAAAGUCGUACCGUGUAGUGAACUGGGUGAUUCUUGGCUUGCAAACUGCGGGCCGCUGUUGGUGCAUACAUGUGACGGGAUGCCGUAUCUUGCAAACAUGGCUCUAAGUUUAGCGAUGACGGAUGUUGUUGACAGGUCACACAGCUGGUCCGCACCUGGAAAAUUGGACGUCGCAUCGUAAGCACUCAGGUAGUGUUUCCCACCAUACUGAAAAAUAUCAGCUCCCACGCGAUACCAUGCCUGCGGCGGCGUCCACCGGAGUGUAUGUGUACAUUGCUUGUCUGUGGAGACAUUGAGAAAACCCAGGCUCUACAGCUGAAGAAAUAUUUGAGCCUUCAGUCAGGGCAAGCAAGCAUAUUAACUGAGCUAACUGGUAUUCGGGAGCGUCUUACAUCGAAUGAACAAGUCGUUGCCACUUUUAAAACACGAUUGAAUGCAAUCGAUAAGCUAUUGCUAGACAUUAGCAAAAGAACCUCCCAAUUCAAACACUAGAAGACGAAAUUCGGGCUUUCGAUCAAGUGGUUAUGAAACAAAACAAAAAACUAACUGACCUCGAAGACCGCAGUCGCCAAUCAAACUCAGUUGUUUUCAGUGUCAAAGAGCAAGACGAAGAUGAUUAAACGUUACGAAAAGCAAUCAUUGAUUAAAUUUUUUUCAAAAAAACUGUAGCAAUCAUGCAAAAAACUGCACCAAUCAUAUGGAUACUAUUCUUGAUAUAACGCUUGCUUUGAAUGUUGAACAAAUUGUAUGUGAUUUUACUAGAGAGCAAGCACUCCUGGACCUUUUUUCGUCAGUGAAUCUUUCCCUAACUGUACUAUUGCUGUUGAGCCGGGUAUUUAAGACCAUAGAUUAUUGUUUUUCACCUGGUCGUGCCCCAGGGAUGCUAGAUACAGUUGGUCUAGUGCGACAAAUCAUGGAGGUUUUGAACGAAGUGAUGAUACCUCAAUAACUGAUUAUUUAGAAAAAACACUAGUUAUUGAUGCUCAUUUUGGGAAUGUUCAUGACCUAUGGUGUCAUUUUAAACAAGUAGUGUCAUUCUGUACUAAAAACUUUGUACCUAUGAGGAAGGCUACUAAAAAUCGCAAGAAUGCGUGGGUUAGUCGUGAAAUCAUCUACAUUAAAUGUAAGCUAAAACGAUUAAGGAAGAAGCAAAAUUUGUGUAAGAAGACCCUCAUGGAACUGGGGAAUAAAUUCGCAAAUAAGGUGCAGCAAGCAAAGCAUAAUUACUUCACUUUUUCAUUUCCAGAAUUUCUUAGAACUGAUCCAUCAAAAUUUUGGCGUUACCUCGGAAAGACAAAUGAAUCUAUUCAAAAGAUUUCAGUAAAUGAUCACCUUGUUGAAAACGCAGCUGAUAUAGCUCACGCAUUUAAUCUAUAUUUUCAUAGUGUUUUUUUUCCCCUAAUGACAACUACAGCAUGCAUAAGGAGCUCUCGAAGACAGAUGUACCAGUGAUAACAAGCGAGGGUGUUCUAUCUAUGCUACAUAAAUUGAACUAGAAAAAAAGCGCAGGUAAGGAUGGCAUCCCUACUGCGUUCAUGAAACGCUUUGCAGCGCAGAUUGCAGACUACUUGGCAAAUCUUUUUCAGCUUUGUUUAACCACUAGUUAGCUUCCUGAUGACUGGAAGAUAGCACGCAUUGUGCCAAUUUUUAAGAAGGGGGACAAGCUUAACAUAACAAAUUAUAGGCCCAUGUCGAUUAUAUCUACUUGUUUGAAACUUAUGGAACAUGUCAUAGCUGGAUAUAUAAGGUCUUGUCUAAUAAUAAUGUUUUGUCUCCUUAUCAACACGGAUUUACCAAGGGAAGAUCUGCUACGACUCAGUUACUCACCACUGUACAUGAUUUCAUAAUGGUGUUGGACCACUCGGGGCAAAUAGAUGCAUCCUUUAUAGACUUUAGCAAGGCGUUUGACAAGGUGUCGCAUACGAGACUAAUACAUAAGUUGAGAUUAACUGGCCUUCCCAUCUACUUAGUGAAUUGGGUUGAAGCAUAUUUACACAGCAGAAAACAAUUUGUUGUAGUGGAUGAGUGUGUGUCUGAUAUGCUCCCUGUUUCUUCUGGUGUGCCUCAGGGCAGUGUACUUGGACCCUUGCUUUUCUUGGUUUAUGUAAAUGAUCUCAUUGAAUGUUUAUCUGAUACAGUGUGUAUAAAAUUAUUCGCUGAUGACUGUACUAUAUACAAGGAGAUAUUGUGUGAGAGUGAUCACAUUGUAUUGCAGGACCAAUUGUUACGGAUUGAGCAGUGGUGUCGAACUUGGGACAUGGAAAUGUGCAAAAAACAGUCUUAUUUACAGUUACACGUAAAUUACAGCCUAGUUAUUAUUCCUACAGUCUCUGUAGCCAAGAAGUAGCAAGGGUCAUAAGCUAUAAGUAUUAAGGCGUUACACUUACUUCUAAGUUAUCCUGGUCAGGUCACGUUAUAGAUAUAUGUGCAUCAGCAUUUAAAAAGUUGUGUUUCCUAAGAAGGAAACUAAACAAAGCUCCAGCAAAGUUAAAGUUACUAGCGUACAAUACUUGCAUAAGGUCGAAAUUAGAAUACGCUUCCGUAAUUUGGGAUCCCGAAACUAAGCAGUACAUAUAUAUAAACUUGAGAUGUUGCAAAGAAAAGCAAUCUGAUUCAUUUUUGGUAAAUAUAAAAGGUGUGACUCCCCUACUAAACUUAUGCAAGAACACGGGAUUAUAACAUUACAAGUACGUCGAAAAUAUGCUCGGAUAGUGUUCUUGCAUAACCUGUUGAAAGGUAAAUUUGACAUGUCCAUACCUUCAUAUGUAAAACCCUUAGACACCAGAAAGACUCAACACAAUCAUGACCAUGCACUAAAACCGAUAUUUGCUAAGACCAAUUCAAUUAAACGCAGUUUCUUUCCCCAGACAAUUUAAGACUGGAACACUCUUCCUAAAACCAUUUUUGAGGGCUCCGAUUUUCAAACGGCACUGGAAAAAUUGUUCUAGUUUUUUUUGUUACCAAGUACGUAUUAUAUGUGUAGUGAUGUAACCCUGUUUCAUUGUUAAUGGCGUUAUUCAUUUGUAAUCCCGAUUUAUACUAAUUAUGUUUUGAUUUCCCACUCCUGCUUGGGCCUGUCAUGGCCUGCAGUAUUGUGAAAUAAAUAUAAAUAAAUCUA